AUGGUUAGACUCAAUCUCACAGGUAUACGCAUAGAGGCGAAUACCUUUCUAACGGAAUAUGCCAAUCAGAUGCAAGAGCUCACUGAGCACUUAAAACAUUUUGAAAAUUCUCAAUUUGAAAGUCAUCGAUCCGAUGGUUGGAAAAAGUUAAAACCGAAUACCAUCCCAACUUUAUUUGACGUACUAAAUCCGCCAUCCAUGAUCGAUCCACAGAAAUCACUGUAUAAGAAAUUAGGGGAAAGAGCUGAAUUUAAUCCCGUAUUAGAACUUGUAGAUAUACUAAGAAUUUCAGAGAGCGAGGAAGACGAGCUAUCACGACUAAGACUUGAAAACGAAAAAUUGUUGAGACAAUUACAAACACAUGAAUUAUUGGUAAUAGAAAACCAAAAACUACGGGACCAAAUAAACACCAUGGAGAAAAUAAAGCAAUCAUUCUUGAAUGACAAUCAAAUUAAAAUGUUAGAGCAAGGUCGAAUAUUACACUGGCCCAACAACAGUAUUGUAAAAGCUCUUAAUUGAGAUUCGCCCUCUCAGUUCAUGGUUAUAAAUAUCUUUGAAAUACCGGAUAUCCAUUGCCUGCAUACAGUAUGCGACGAAUACAAGACUUUACCUUAAAUUUUAGGAUUUUUGAAGACGUUCUUCAAUCGCUCCGAUUUAAAGUAAAAGCCAUGAACCCAACAAAUUUUGCGUUUUAUCAUACAAUGAAAUGAAAAUUAGGGAACAAGUGGAUUAUGAUAAAAAUCUUGGUAAAUUUGUUGGUCACGUAACUUUGAGUAACAAUCCUAAUGAUGAGAAAGUGUAUGUUGUUGUUAUUCAAGGAAUUAAAAAUCAUUGGAA